UACUGGCCGUCGCGCGUUGAUUCGUUCUGUGUUGACCGAUGUUGCACGAGCACACAAUUGAUGAGCCAUAUAUAACAGCAAAGGCGCCUAUGCAAUCGUGAUUAGUGAAGUGACGAUACACAAUGAUGGAGAAUGGAUCGUGUUCCGUUGCUCGGUCUCCCGAAGACAUAGCAAAACAAUUUCAAGCCUAUCUGAGAAAGUUUGAAAACGAUGACAAGUUGGUCAUUUCGAAGGCCGUGGAUAGGCCAGGGUCAAAACCCGGCGACAAUUACACGUCGAUGUUGAUCAGAACUAGACUCGUCGGUACAUGUGGAGAUGGAAGUCCAUAUGCCAAGACUUUUAUGUCAAAGAUUAUUAUUGGAGACAAAAAAAUUACCCAAUUGAUAGAUCUUUUCGAUUUAUUUCGCAUGGAGACACACGCCUAUGCAAAGAUAUUACCUAUUCUUGGAUCUUUUGGUCCUCGAUGUAUACAUGCCGACAAAAACAUCAUCAUAAUGGAAGAUUUGGCGGAGAAAGGAUACGUAAAUUGCGAGAGGCGCAACUUUCUGGACUUAGACCAUACAGUUUAUGCAUUAAAGAAACUUGCCCAUUUCCACGCGUCAGGUCUUGCCGUAAAAAUCAAUAAUCCACGCCAGUUUAACACACUGAACAUGGAUAUAGAAGAAAUAAUUUACAAGGACAAUUCCCAAACAUCGGCAAUGAGGUCGUGUACCGAAAUGUGUGUGAGUUCGAUAAUAGAAUAUUUAGAUAUAAUAGAGCCACAAACGCAGGAGUUGCAAAAAAUUAAGGAUUACAUUGCCACCUACAUCGACAAAACUUACGACACGAUGCGUCAUCUGUUUGUCAAGCCUAAGCAAAAGUACGACACGAUCUGCCACGGUGAUCCAUGGAUGAAUAAUUUGCUCUUCCUCCAUGACAAUGAUGGCAAAAUAAUCGAUCUAAAGAUGGUAGAUUACCAGAUAAUUAGACAUACUUCGUUGUCCACGGACAUCCUUUACUUGAUAUACAGCAGCGUACGAUCGUCAUUGAUCGAGAGGAGUUUCGAGAGUCUCAUCAAGAUCUAUCAUAACGAGUUUCUCAAUGAGCUCCGUCGAUUACACGUGGACGAGAAGGUUCUGGCGGAGCUCGGGAUGGAUUGGCUGAACACAGAGUUGCGGACUUAUGCGUUUUAUGGACUACUCGUCGGAUGUUUUCUGAUGAAUCCAAUUUUGGCGGAGGAGGAGGACGUUCAGCAAUUCGAAACGCUGGAUUUCGGCCCGAUGAAUCCGCUGUACCAUGCCGACACGAAUUCGAAGACGAACCAGAAGAAACUCGAGCGCAUCAAAUGCAUCGUGUUCCAUCAUUACAGGAGAUUUUAUUUGGGCAUUAUUAAUGAUGAUAUCGAACCGAUAUCUAAUACGGAACAGUAUUAAGAUUGCCUAGAGUAAUCAUGAUAAUAUUUCGUUUUUUGCCUAAUCGUUUAAUAAAUAACAAAACUGAUGUUUACUAAAGUAUAAAGGAAAGUCUUCGUGAUUUAAUCCCGUGUUACAUAAAUGCACCAGUGUAUAUUAAGGAAGCUGAGGCUCAUAUGUUGUAUACAUGUGAUGUACAUAUACAAUAUAAAAAAAUAUAGCAAUGUUUAGAAAAUGAUUAA